AUGAGCUCAGCGGCGAAUCGCGGCCUGGGGAACCUUACUAGACGGAAGAGAUCGCGUGAGCCAGACAAUGACAACUCUUCAGCGCCCCCUCCCUCCAGUCCACCACCUUCCUCACCCCCAAUUCUGCCUCUUGAUGACGCCAUUGAAAAUGACUUGGAUGAAGAGGCAGAAUAUAUCGGUGAUGUAGAUGAUAUCGAUGAGAUGGCGGAGGAUGAGGAUGGGAUUGAUCUUUUCGCGGACACUUUUGAGCGGGAUUACAGACCACGCGACCCUGAGGCAUAUGAAGGAGACGAUAUCGACGACACUGGGGAUUAUGAAGAACUGGAUCUGGCCACUAGACGCCAACUUGAAGCGAGAUUAAAUAGGCGUGAUCGAGAACUCGCUCGACGACGUCGCGUACCCCCAGCAUUUUUACAGGACGAUGAUGACGAUGGAAAUAUCGAUCUCACUAGACAGCCUCGUAGGCGACGACAUCACUACGAUGAGGAGGUCGAUGAAAUGGACAUGGACAUUAUGGACGAAGAAAUGACACUCGAGGCUUUGGCCGAGAUUAAAGCGGCCAACGUCACAGAGUGGGUUACUCAGCCCUCUGCCCAUAGGUCUAUUUAUCGCGAAUUUAAGGCUUUCUUAACCGAAUUUACGGAUAAGGAUGGUACUUCCGUUUAUGGAACUCGUAUUCGAAACCUUGGAGAAAUCAAUGCAGAGUCCCUAGAGGUUUCGUACGCCCAUUUAUGUGACUCUAAAGCAAUUUUAGCCUACUUCCUCGCUCAUGCUCCUGCGGAGGUUUUGAAAAUUUUUGACCAAGCCGCGAUGGAAGUGACUCUGCUUCAUUAUCCAGACUAUCACCGGAUUCAUAACGACAUCCAUGUUCGUAUCACCAACCUCCCGUUUAGGUAUACACUUCGGCAACUUCGUCAAAGUCACCUCAACUGUCUUGUCGGUGUCAGUGGAGUUGUCACCAGGAGAACUGGUGUCUUCCCCCAACUGAAGUAUGUCAUGUUCAACUGCACAAAAUGUGGUGUUACUUUGGGACCUUUUCAGCAGGAGUCAAACGCGGAAGUCAAAAUUUCCUUCUGUCAAAACUGCCAGGGCCGGGGUCCUUUCACACUAAACUCUGAGAAAACUGAAUACCGCAACUACCAAAAGUUAACCUUGCAAGAAUCCCCCGGGACGGUCCCAGCGGGUCGGCUACCACGACACAGGGAGGUUAUUCUACUCGCUGACCUUAUUGACUCUGCGAAACCAGGAGAUGAAGUCGAAAUUAUCGGCAUUUAUCGCAAUCACUAUGAUGGGCAGUUGAACAACAAAAAUGGCUUCCCGGUGUUUGCAACAAUUUUGGAGGCUAAUCAUCUCGUCAAAUCACACGACCAACUCGCGGGUUUCCAUCUCACUGAAGAGGACGAGCGGCAAAUCCGAGCGUUGUCUAGAGACCCGCAGAUCGUGGAUAGGCUUAUAGCAUCUAUGGCGCCAAGUAUUUAUGGUCAUGAAGACGUUAAAACCGCUAUAGCGCUUUCUCUCUUCGGCGGUGUGAGCAAGGAGGCGCAAGGCAAAAUGUCCAUCCGUGGCGAUAUUAACGUACUUCUCCUUGGUGAUCCUGGUACGGCCAAAUCUCAAGUAUUGAAGUACGUUGAAAAGACUGCACACAGAGCUGUUUUUGCAACGGGUCAGGGUGCCAGCGCUGUGGGUCUCACAGCCAGCGUGCGUCGCGACCCCUCGACUAGCGAAUGGACACUCGAGGGUGGAGCAUUGGUGUUGGCUGAUCGAGGUACAUGUCUGAUCGACGAAUUUGAUAAGAUGAAUGACCAAGACCGCACGUCCAUCCAUGAGGCUAUGGAACAACAGACAAUUUCGAUAUCUAAGGCCGGUAUUGUCACGUCACUCCAGGCUCGUUGCGCUAUUGUCGCUGCUGCCAACCCCAUUGGAGGCAGAUAUAAUGGAACCAUUCCAUUCUCCCAUAACGUCGAGCUGACAGAGCCUAUUCUUUCGCGUUUUGACAUCCUUUGUGUGGUUCGAGACACGGUGAAUCCAGAUGAAGACGCGCGAUUGGCAAAAUUCGUUGUCGACUCACAUUCUAGAGCCAACCGACCCAGACCUCAAACCUACGAGUUUGGAAACCGUGUUCCACAGCAAGUAUCUGAUGAAGAUCAAGACGAAGAAAUGGACGGAACUCAACCAGGAGCUUCAGCCGCCGGAGCUGUAGAGCAGAUACCACAAGAGCUUCUCCGGAAAUAUAUUUUAUAUGCGAAAGAACGAUGCCGACCGAAAUUGUACCAAAUUGACCAGGACAAAGUUGCACGUCUCUUUGCAGAUAUGAGAAGAGAAAGCUUAGCUACGGGGGCAUAUCCAAUCACGGUACGCCAUCUCGAGGCCAUAAUGCGGAUUGCGGAAGCAUUCUGCAAAAUGCGGUUAUCGGAUUAUUGCAGCGCCCAAGACAUCGACCGCGCCAUUGCCGUGACGGUCGACUCAUUCAUCAGCAGCCAGAAAGUCAGCUGCAAAAAAGCUCUUUCGAGAGCAUUUGCUAAACAUUCACAAUAA